AUGCAGCGCUCAGCUUUCCUCAUACUGUCGUUUUUGAGCGUCUAUGCCUUUUGUUGGCCGUAUGACGAACCACUCGCUAAAUACAAUCUAAACGAAAACAAAACCGCUGCUGGCCCGAUCGAUUAUUGGGGAGCAUGGCCGGACCAUGAGUACCAUCCAUCGCCAGAUAACUGGCGCAUGCCCACAUAUACAAUCUUUUUGGACCGGAUAUCCAACGGUGACCCUACAAAUGACGAUAUCAACGGGACCGCCUUUGAGCAUGUCAUCAACUCUAACCAGAUGCGCCACGGUGGUGACUUGGAAGGGUUGAUAGAUACACUGGACUAUAUUGAGGGAAUGGGAUUCAAGAUCAUCUACUUCGCCGGAACGUACUUGAUGAACUUGCCCUGGGCCUACGAUGGGUACUCGCCGGUCGAUACCACUCUCCUCGACAUGCAUUAUGGAACACUGGAGGACUGGAGGCGGACGGUCGACGAGAUCCACAAACGGAAUAUGUAUGUGGUGGUGGAUAACACACUGGCAACAAUGAGCAACCUGAUUGGAUUCAAAGGCCAUCUGAACGAUUCUGCCGAUUUCAAACCAUCAGAAUAUGAAGUCCAAUGGGUUACCGACCGAGAAUACGUCGAUUUCAAGUUCAGUAACGAUUGGAACGAAACUUGCAACUUUCCUAAGUUCUGGGAUGAGACUGGAUUCCCAUUAACAGACAACGGGGUUCAAGAAUUGAACGGUUGCUAUAACAGCGACUUUGAUCAAUUUGGAGAGCUAGAGGCAUUCGGUAACUUCCCCGACUGGCAGCGUCAACUUACCAAGUUUGCCUCCGUGCAGGAUCGCCUGCGUGAAUGGCACAAGCCUGUCCGCGAUGUAAUCACUCAACACUCCUGCCUUCAAAUCGCGAGUUUGGAUCUCGAUGGUUUCCGCUUUGAUAAGUCUGUGCAAUCGACCCUCGAGCCCCUGAGUCAGAUGCUCCCCGUCUACCGUGAAUGCGCGCAGAAACUUGGCAAGAAGAAUUUCUUCCUCCCCGGCGAGAUCACAUCUGGAGAUAGCUUUGGCAGUCUCUACCUAGGCCGCGGUCGCCAGCCCGAUCAGCGUGUGGCUAAUGCAGGCGAGGGUGUUAAGCUUACCAACACCUCGGAGGGGGCUUUCCUACGAGAGGAUGGGCUGCAAGCCUUGGAUGGCUCCGCAUUCCAUUAUACCAUCUAUCGUUCGAUGACCCGUUUCCUGGGCUUGGACGGUAACCUGGUUGCCGGCUUUGACUUGCCGACCGACUUCAUCGAAGCCUGGAAUGAGAUGCUCAUUACCAACGAUUUUCUCAAUGCAUUCACAGGAGAAAUCGACCCCAGGCAUAUGUAUGGUGUCUCGAACCAGGAUAAUUUCCGCUGGCCAGCUCUGAAAAAUGGUACAGCUAAAUACCUCCUGGGUUUGUACAUCAUCUCGCUGGAGCUUCCUGGAAUCCCCCUGAUCUUGUGGGGAGAAGAGCAGGACAUGUACGUGUUCGACGCUACUGCAGCGAACUAUAUGUUUGGUCGACAGCCCAUGACAUACCAGACCGCAUGGUGGACACAAGGCUGCUUCAACUUGAACACCGAAAAGUUCUACGAUUUCCCUAUCGAUAAGGGACGCAAUGGUUGCAAUGAUAUCACUGUCACGUACGACCAGCGGAAUCCCGCCCAUCCACUCCGCAAUAUCAUGAAGCGCAUGUUCGAGAUUCGAGCCCAUUACCCCGUCGCUCAGGACGGCUUGUUCCUUGAAACGAUAUCUCAACUUACAGAAGACAUAUACCUUCCUGGUUCUUCUACCACUCCCACGGUUACUGGCCUUUGGUCUGUAUUGCGAAGCUAUUUCCCUGGGGUACAAACAAACGCAAUCCUACCCAACGAAACCCUCUGGCUUGUGUAUCAAAACGGAAACUCGACCAAAACAUAUGGGGGCAACUGCACCUCUACGAAUGGAUCUCUAUUGGCGCCAUUUGACUCAGGGACAAAAUUGAAGAACCUCUUCUAUCCUUACGAUGAACUCACUUUGGAAGAUGGCCCCAAGUCGUCAGACAACACCUACGGAUGCGUCCGUAAAAUGGAGCUGCUUCCAUGGGAAUACCGGGCCUAUGUCAAGGCCUCCGAGUUCAUCGAGCCCGGCCCUACUGUCACCGAUUUCUUCCCUGGACAUGAUGCUCGGUUGCUAUCUUCAGAAGACACGGGUGAAACCAUGCCUAUCCAGCUUGGAUAUUCUACUGAGAUGGACUGUGACAGUAUCACAAAGGCAUUUUACCUGAAUUCUACAACAGAGAAGAACAUCACCGCCGAGCUUGAUACAUCUAGUGUCAACUGCACCAAAAUCUCUGCCCGGACUACGAGCCAUGCCUACACCGGAGAAAUCCCGACUGUUUGGACAUGGUCUGCAAACCUUAAAAAUGUCCACCAUGGAAUCCACCAACUGACCGUUAAGAAUGUUUCCUCCUCCGGAGUCUACACCAAUUCGACCGACAAGUUCUUGCUGCGCCUCGGUGCUCAUGACAACCCCCUCAUUUCUCCGCUUGCCAAUUACUCUACCAGUCUAGUCCACAAGUCUAACGACAAUUUUUACAUCCAGCACAGAGCUGCCGGUGCAGACAUGUUCCGAUACUCGUCUGACUUUGGCCGGAGUUGGAACGAGUGGGCGGCGUAUAAAGGUGGCAACACGAGUAUUACCAUCCCAAGCUUCACUGGCACAGACUCCCAGAAGUGGGAGGGAACUCAUAUCCGAGUUCAGUACUUCUCGCGACUUACUGGAAGUAGCGAUUACAUCCAGGAAGGUGAUUAUGGGAGCGAUAGAGUCCGAAGAUUCCCGCAUAUGUGGUUUAACGGCCCAUACAACCAAUAUGGCUAUGAUGCAGGAAUGGACAGCAAGAUGAAGUACGAUUCCAAAGCAUCUCGCUGGACCUACGACUUCGUUUACGAAUGGCCAGCCAUAGGCCAGCUGAAUGUUUGGGGCACAGACAGUGACGGUAACCCUGAUAACUCCGAGGUCUACGGUGAUGUCGGCAACUCGUCUUCGGUUCAAAAGCUUCCUCCGUCCUAUCUCGCAUCAAACGUCAUCAAUAUCACCACCCUGCCACCAUUCCCGCAUCUUGGUUGGACUAUCUCCCUCGAUGAUGGCAACCUAAGAUACGAAUUGAUCCCUGUCGGAUCGGGAUGGGCCCAGUUGGUCCUCUAUGUCCUUCUCUGGGUUGUUCCGAUUCUUAUGGGAUUGGCCGGUGUCUUUAUCUUCAUCGGAAACUUCUACCGUGUCAAGCUUAACAUGAAUGGCAAUGUCACCAAGACCGAUAAAUUCCCGAUACUGUUUUGGCGCAGAAUCAAGGGAACAUUCAACAAAUAUGACGAUAUCGAAGAGAUCGGCAUGUCAGACAAGGGUGUACCAGAAAACAUGGCUCUGGCAGCAGCGGGCGCGAGCGACCAGCGCCGCACUGUAUUGAUUGCCACUAUGGAGUACGACAUCCAGGACUGGAAGGUCAAAGUCAAGAUUGGUGGUCUGGGAGUAAUGGCGCAGCUCAUGUCACAGAAUCUGAAGCACCAGAAUCUUAUUUGGGUGGUUCCUUGUGUCGGUGAUAUUGAUUACCCCGAGGAUACACCUGCUGAGCCUUUCGUGGUGACGAUCCUAGAUCAUCCCUAUUCGGUGCAGGUGCAGUAUCACGUUGUCGAUAACAUCACCUACGUCCUCCUUGAUGCUCCGGUUUUCCGGCAGCAGACUAAGGCGGAGCCCUACCCUCCGCGUAUGGAUGACCUUGACAGUGCCAUUUACUAUUCGGCUUGGAAUCAGUGUAUUGCAGAGGUCAUAAAGCGAACACCCUCCAUCGAUCUUUAUCACAUCAACGAUUUCCACGGCUGUGUGGCACCACUUUACCUGCUCCCGUCUCGCACUAUCCCAGUUUGUCUGUCAUUGCACAACGCUGAGUUCCAGGGUCUUUGGGCUUUGAGAACCCCACAAGAGAAGAAAGAAGUCUGUUCUGUCUUCAAUAUCCCGGUUGAUGUAGCGACCAAAUACUGUCAGUUUGGCAACGUUUUUAACCUGCUUCACACCGGUGCUAGUUAUUUGCGAUUCCAUCAACGCGGUUUCGGCGCAGUAGGUGUGUCCGAGAAGUAUGGAAAGCGCUCAUGGGCCCGUUAUCCGAUCUUCUGGAGUCUUGCCAAGAUUGGUAGUCUUCCGAAUCCCGAUCCCUCUGACACAGGCGCCUUGAAGAAAGACCCCGACGUGGAAGUUUCGGUACAGACUACUGACGAGUCGGCCAAUGACAAACUCCAGGCACAGAAAUGGGCCGGUUUGAAUGAGGACCCUAACGCAGACUUGCUGGUGUUCGUUGGAAGAUGGUCGAAGCAGAAGGGAGUCGACCUGAUUGCCGAUGUCAUGCCGGCUGUCUUGUCUGCUCGGCCUAAUGUGCAGCUGAUCUGUAUUGGUCCCCUCAUUGAUCUUUAUGCCAGAGUUUACGGUUCUUCCCCCUUCGUGUUUUCUGGUGCCGACUUCGCCUUGAUCCCAUCCCGUGACGAGCCCUUCGGAUUGAUUGCCGUUGAGUUUGGCCGCAAGGGUGCACUUGGAAUUGGUUCUCGCAUCGGAGGUCUAGGCCAGAUGCCUGGUUGGUGGUACACUGUGGAAUCCGACUCAGCCCGCCAUCUCUUGCACCAGUUGAGAACUGCCAUCAAAUCCGCCCUAGACUCAUCACUCGAAACCCGACAGGAGAUGCGUGCAAACUCUGCCAAGCAGCGCUUCCCCGUUCUGGAGUGGGUUCAGAAGCUCGAAGUCUUGCAGCGAACUUCUAUCCACAUCCAUCACCAAAAGAAUCAACUCACCGUUGCAGGUUCAGCGCGAGAGUCUCAGAUCUACUGGGAGACCCCAGGCUUGCGGGACUCCGGUAUGAUCACCCGCCCUUCAUCAUAUCUGUCAUUGCCGGGGACUUUGGAUGCGAACAGAACAUCACAGCCUCCUCAGCCUUCCCUUCUCCAGCUACAGGCAGUCGAAGCUCAAGAGAUGCAGGCAGCCGAAAACAACAGAGGCAGCACAUUAAACCGCAAUCUAUCGCUCGGUCGACGAUCUGGACCAGGACAUGGCAGAAAUCGUCUCACCAAAAAGUCACCGCGCGAGAGUCAGAUGCUCGAGGCUAUCGACGGUGAUACCACGGAUGAUGAGAGCUUUGUCACGCCACAAGAGAACUUGAUCACUCAAGAAGAGGCCAUGGCAGCAGUCAACUUGCCUCUUCAGGAUAUGGCAGCACACCCUAGAAACAACAAUCACGCUCGUGGGGAGUCUGACUCGUCAGCCUCGGAGUCGUCGCGUUUCCUCUCAAGGGACUCCUCUCCGGUGAGAAUAACUCGUGAUAUUUCCGAUCCAGCUGCACCUUUCGCUCACGAGGGCCGGAAUAUUUCUGUCCUCUCCUUGCCUUCUGUUGUUAACGACCAUGAUCAAUCCGAUUUCCAUCUGCAAAAGGUCGACCCGACCUUUACGGACAGCAUGGGCCACUUCACGCGAAACUUCGAAACCAUGCUCGCCAACCUCAACAAGAAAAACUCAACUUCAGAUUAUUGCAUUGAGCUUUAUCUCAUGAAGAGCGAGCGGAAGUUCUUCUACAUGUACAACGAUGCGCAGUUGAAGAAGCAGCCCAAAGAACGUCCCGUAACUGGAGCCGGCCUGGGCAAGACUGUCGAGAAUACACCGUAUAACGUCGUCACAGAAGGUCCUGACGAGUCUGAUGAGAACAACACAGAUGAAAUUGAUCAGUGGCUCUCCCGUCUGGGAUACAAGAGACCCAUCGCCAUCCAGCGCUUCAUGAGAUGGCGUGUCGGAAACUGGCCUGUCUAUGCUCUAUUCCUCGGUCUCGGACAGAUUAUUGCAACGAACUCUGCGCAGAUCACCCUGUUGGCUGGCCAGAUUGGUGAGACAGCAGUCAAGCUCUACGUCAUCGCGGCAAUUUACUGCGUCUCUUCCAUUGUCUGGUGGUGCCUAUUCUUCCGUUUCCCGUCUGUGAUUGUCCUCACUCUCCCCUGGUUCAUAUAUUCUAUGGCAUUCGUCACCAUGGGCGUAUCUCCGUUCGCACUCUCAGACGUCGGUCAAGCGUGGGCUCAGAAUGUCGCCGCAGGUGUCUAUGCCGCAGCAUCUUCCAGUGGUUCCUUGUUCUUCGCUCUCAACUUUGGUGAUCAAGGUGCUGUCCCUGUGAAGGAUUGGAUGUUCCGCGCAAGUCUUAUCCAGGGAAUUUCACAGCUUUACACUGUCGCCUUAUGGUACUGGAGUUCCAAAGUCACCGCAGCGGAAGUUGGAGGUGUUUCCACAGUUGCCCUGAACUCCUGGAAACUGACGGCUGUGGUGAUGCCUAUUGCUGCGGCUUGUUUCAUUGUCGGUGUGCUUCUUGCCCUUGGCCUGCCUAAGUACUAUCGCCAAGCACCCGGAAAGAUCCUCUUCUUCUACACAUCCCUCUUCCGUCGCCGAAUCGUCCUCUGGUUCUUCUUCAUGGUCAUCAUCCAGAAUUGGUUCCUUUCCGCGGCAUUCGGUCGAAAUUGGUCAUUCCUCUGGUCCUCUCAACACACAAAACCAUGGGAAGUCGCUCUCCUGGUCAUCUUCUUCUUUGUUGUCCUUUGGGUCGGUGUGAUGCUACUCUUCCGUUUCUUGUCCAAGGAGCACAGUUGGAUCUUACCCGUCUUCGGUCUGAGUAUCGGUGCACCACGAUGGGCGCAAACAUGGUGGGGAACAUCCAACAUCGGUUAUUAUCUCCCAUGGGCUGGAGGUUUGACUUCCGGAGCUAUCGCAUCCCGUUGUCUCUGGCUCUGGCUCGGUGUUCUCGAUGAGAUUCAACAGGUUGGCUUGGGAAUGAUUCUCCUACAGACCUUGACAAGAGUGCACGUCGUUUUCGUCCUGCUCGCCGCCCAGGCCCUUGGAUCUAUCGCCACUAUUUGUGCUCGCGGAUUCGCGCCAAACAAGGUCGGCCCAGGAGACAUCUCCCCAGCUAUUGGAUCAUCAUUGGAUGCUGUUGGAAAUGCGUGGUUCUGGAUUGCCCUUUUCUUCCAGCUUUUGGCUAGCUUUGGUUUCCUUCUCUUCUACCGCCGUGAACAGCUCAAUCGGCCCUAG